UGCUCAGACAUUGUGUCCGCAGGUGUCCAGACAGGAUGAGUGGAGGAGUGUAUGGGGGAGAUGAGGUCGGAGCUCUGGUGUUUGAUAUCGGAUCUUACUCUGUUCGGGCCGGUUAUGCCGGUGAAGACUGCCCCAAGGCCGACUUCCCGACCACACUGGGGGUCUUCUCUCCAGACGAGUCUCUGUCAUCGGAGCUGGAGAAGGAUCGGAAGCUGAGCCGGGUGUAUUACAUCGACACAACGUGUCUCCACGUCCCUCGGCCGCUCACCGAGGUCACAUCACCGCUGAAGAACGGCAUGAGUGAGACCGCUGCUCCAAAACUCAACCAGGCCAUGUGUGUUGUCUGCCAGCUCUCUGCCCAUCAUGUGCCAUCCUGUGCUUCCCGGCCUCACUGCAGCCAUUACCCAUAA